AUGUCCAACUUUGACAACGAUAAUAACAAAUUGGAGAUGCUACGGCCUGCAAUCAAUGGGGAGAUGCUACUCGAGCUGACCCCGCGUCCAGCAAUUGAUGAAUCACCAAAUCGACCAUUACAAAGGAUCGCCAGAAGAACAUCAAGCAGUGGUGGCCGGCGUCGGCCGAGGACAAAGGCCAGCUCCUCAUCGCAGAACCCUUCACAAUCGCCGAACCAAGGGAUAUCUACAGCUGUUGAUAAUCAACAGACCGGCCCGCUUCUAAGAUUCCGGGCGUGCGAACCACGCGUCAGGGUUGAAGAUGCCUGGCAAGCUGGUAGAAGCACUGCGAGGAGGGAGCCACCGUCUCUAAACGUCCAAUCGCAUGAUCAAGGACUGGAAAUGCUACAGAACAGUAGAUUGGACGUUGAGUGGAAUUCUUUUGACGUCUCCAGCCACUGGGACCUAUCCCCCAUGGGUAAUCCGGCAUGGCCACUAGAAGCACCAUUAGCUCCUGCUCGAGAAAGAGAACUCAUCAACCACUGGGCGACGAACCUCGCACACAAAUUGAUACCCAUUCGCAGCCCAGCGAACCCAUUUCUGACGACUGUAUCGCCCAUGGCUCUCGAGGGAAGCCGCCUCGCCAAGACGAGAUCAACAUCCACCGUCGCUCUGUUCCACGCAGUCUGCGCCAUCUCCGCGGCCCACCAGGCGAACCUCAGAAGUACUCACGCCCAUGCCGGCUACGCAGACCUGAUGCUCCGUCAUAAACAACUGAGCUUCCACCACCUUAUGCAAAGCAUGAACUGCAGGGACCAUGACGAGCGGAUGGCGAGUCUCGCCACUCUCUGCCUAUGGAUUCUCACUCACUUCGUCACCGGCACCGCGGGCGCCUGGCGCGAGGUCGUAAAGGUGACCCGUGACCUCCUCGACGACACGAGCAUGGCAACCUGGAGACAGUCAACUACCGCCGCCUUGACGUACGAGUCCUACUCCUCCACCUUUGCCACGGUGCUUGCCCAGUACCUCGGACGACUAGACGCUCCCGUUCCGAUGAAGACGUAUCUGCCAGACGUCGAGCUAUCGAAGAGCCAAAUCAUGCCGGUACGAUCUCUUGAGCUGGUCUGCUCCUUCAACGCAAAACUUGUGCACUCCUCAAUCCUUGCAGAAGAGGACCUCGACCAACUAGAGAUCGAAUUCGCCUUGUCCACGCCCGAGCCUUCUGUAGAUUACGACGCCAGCAACGCGGAGUCGGCCAUGGUACAUCACCACCGCUCGCUAUUCUACCAUGCGUGCCUACUAUACUUCAAGGGUAACUCUGGGAGGCGAAGCCCCGAAGAGGACGUCCAAAAUCUGGUUGCUAGGUGUCUUGACCACAUGGAGCACCUCGAAUCCCUGCAGAAGAACAGCAGCCCCAAAGCGUGGAUCUACGCCACAGUGGCCUUCGAGGCCAGGAUGCCGGAGCUACGGGAUAGGGCAAGAUUGCUAUUCUCUAGAAGAAAGUCACUCGGGAUCGCUACCUGGGAUACGCUGCUUCUCGCGGUUGAAGAGGUGUGGAAACGCCGCGACCUGGCUGCCACUGGUGUAUCACCGGAGCCUUGGACGCGUGUACUUUCACGGAUGCCAGAGUUUGAUGUGAUUCUCUAUUGA